UUUAGAGCAUAAAGAUCGGAGGUGUCGAUAUUUCAGUAUCAAUCCGCACAUCACUAUCGGAAAAUUGACACGUGACGUCGCUUCUUCGCCGCAAGAUGCACGUUUUCGUAGAGGAUAAUAAAACAAUGCUAAAAAUGAAAAAUAAAGCUAAAAAAAAGAUCCGGGGCUUUUGAGGAAAGGGCUUAAACAACAAAAGCCCCCCGCCGCCGCCCGGAAUGUUGCCGUUGUUGCCGCUGCCGACGAGCCCGGUGAAACCGCUGAAACCAACGCCCCGGAGAGACGCGAUGGGAGCUGAACUAAAGCUAAAUUGAUCGCUCGUCAACCGAAUGUUUCUGUGUCCAGAAGCUCUUUAUUCCCGGAGGACGUCAUCCUCACCUGUCAGGGUCCCAGCAAUGACACCAUCCAUAUUAAGGUGUGGACCAGACCUGACCUGCAGAAAUCCCAGUAUGUCUUCAUGCUCCGAGAUGGUCACAUAGAUAAGACCCAGCAGCACCCGUCUUUCAAGAACCGGGUGGAGCUGAGAGACGGGAACAUGAAGAACGGCGACCUGUCUGUGAUUCUGAGGAACGUGACCGAAGACGACAGCGGGACGUACGAGUGUCGCUUCAUAGCCGGCCAAGGGACACACAGGAAGAGAGGCGUCCUUCAGGUUAAUCCCAGCAGCAUCAUCACCCUGAAGGUGGCAGAUCCAGAUGCCAAUAAUGGACACGCCAACGAUGGACACGCCAACGAUGGACCUGCUGGACAUGGACUUACCGCAGUGGCAGUUGUUGCAGCACUGGCACUGAUUGGAGUUGUGUCCUGUGUUGUCUUUGUGAUUUACAGAAAAUGAAGAGCCCCUGGACAAUAGCCCAGUCCUGGGGCCCCGGCCCCGGCCCCAGCCCCUGAUGUUGUUUAGCUGCCAGCCACUCACUGUGAAGAUGUUUGAGUUGGUUUUUCAUUUGCCUGCUUCACUAAAACUGCCUUAGGAUCCAGCAAGACUUUGCCAAACAUGACUGCCACUUGUAGCUGCUGUACAAUGCAUUACAUCAACUUCCCUGAGCUGAUCAGUAGGCUGAAUUAUGCUUCUGCGUAGGAAGAGCGUACGGAGGUUGUGCGAAGCUUACGGGGGUUGUGCGACCGCCGCAGAGCCUUGCCGCGCGCCUCCCAAAAAUUGUAACUACGCGGA